ACAACGUAACCUCUCCGCUCUCUUUCAGUUUCAUUUUCACCCUCUCACCCCUGAGGUCCAAGAAUGGCACUCAAUAACGCUAUUGUACGCAACAAGACAAUCAUUCAAGAAAUUCUAUCGGCAGAUCCCCAAUUCAUACUUGACAAAGUGAUAGAGAAAGGACUGAUAACCGACCGCGAAUACACCAAACUAAACUCCAUCAACAAGGGGGACGCAGAGGAUCUCGUUAUCAAGCUCGUGGACAAACUCAUUAACAAAGGAAGACAAUCCAAGUUCAUUGGGCUUCUGCAGGACAAGAAAGUCCUAGAAACGUAUCCUAAACUUGAAGACGUGGAAUGGGGAGACAGUGGGUCUACCGCCUCAUCGAGCAGUUUGAGUAUUGGACAUGGGGACAACGAGACGGUAGUAGAGCCAAGGAAAAAAACGAGAGGAAAUGGAGGCCGGAAAAGAAACAGAAGUGAAUCAGAAGAAGAAGUGACCAAUAAGAAACCUUGCACGGUGGAGGGGUCAGGCAGCAACACUGAAACCCGCUCGGCAGGGCAGGCUCUGACUGAUAAGGAGCUCAUGAAGGUGGCCGAAACGCUGGGACAGGAGUGGGAGCAGGCGGCCAUCCACCUGGGGCUGAAGACCAAAGAUCUGGACGACAUCAAGGCAGAACAUAGACCUGUGGCCAUGCAGAAGCAGAAGAUGUUGGUGCUGUGGAAGCGCCGAAGACCACCAGGAGAGGCCACAGCUCAUGACCUGCUGAGAGGUCUGGAAGACCUGGAGGACCUACCGGUCGAGACUCGUCUGUUAUUGACAGGCAUGAUGAAGAAAUCAUCAGAAUAGUUACUUGGCAGAUUCCAUAGUGCAGUAGAUGUCUCCAUCAAAAGAAAAGCCCUGAAGAUUGACCAAAACAAGCGAUGGGCCAACUAACCUGAAACAGUUUCUAAACAGUUGCCAGCUAAACAUUUAUUUAGCUGACACGUUAGUCCAAAGCGACUUAGUAUUUACAUUCCAGAAUGGGAAACAAACCCAAAAAGUGCAGGAAUCGUAUAAAGUACAUAAUAGGCCUUCAAUAAAGAAGCUGCUUCAAGUGCUACAUUAUCGAAACAAGAAAUAGAGAACUUUUUAUCAGAAUUAUUUUCAUAGGCCAAGAAGCAGUGUGAACAGAUGAGGAUUCAGUUUGCAGUCUCUUUCCAAAUGUCUUGACGGUGUAAAGUAAUUGUUGCCAUCAUAUUUGGAACACGUCUUCUUUCCUGGGCUACUACAUGUGUAGGCCUACUAAGCUGUUCCUCCUAUAGACAGGUAUAGAUAGGAAUUUUGUAAAAUUGUAUUUGUAAGUAAUUUUUGUUUGGUUAUAAUCAAGGAAUUUGUAAAACAAGUUGAUAUUAUGCCAAAGAAUAAUCUGUUCAUCUUGA